UUUAUUUUAAGGCAUUUCAACACAACGUUAACAAAGGAAAACAACCUACUUCCAUUCCAAUAAACAAGAAACCAUGUCGAUCGAAGCGGUCUUCCACAUGAACACAGGCAAUGGCGACUCCAGCUAUGCAAGCAACUCUCAUUUUCAGGGAACUGGUUUACAAAGAUCGCUUCCUGUAUUACAGGAAGCAAUUAACCGAAUCGCUAAAGAUCUUAAUGGCUUCCCACGAUGCUUCAAGAUAGCAGACCUGGGUUGUUCUUCUGGGCCAAACACCUUAUUCGUUGUAACCAAUAUACUUGAUAUAUUCCAUGACAUAUGUUCAGAAAACAAUUCUCAAGUGCCACAAUUCCAAGUGUUCUUAAACGAUCUUGUUGAAAACGACUUCAAUACAGUUUUCAGAUCACUGCCAACAUUCUAUUCAAAGUUGAAGAAGAAGAAGGGAGAUAAACGUGGACCUUGUUAUGUUUAUGCUGUCCCUGGUUCCUUUUACAGUAGACUUUUUCCGGACGAGAAUAUCCAUCUUUUUCAUUCAUCCUAUGCUGUUCACUGGCUUUCUCGGGUACCUCAAGGCCUUGAAAACAACAAGCUCAAUAUAUACAUGGCGAAAACCAGUCCAACAAAUGUGUUUGAAGCAUAUAGGAAACAAUUUGAGAAAGACUUCACAAAACUUUUAGUCUUACGUUCUCACGAAAUGACAAAUGGUGGGCAUAUGAUUCUAAUGUUUGCAGGUCGGAGUAAACCUGAUCCAACUAGCGAAGAUUGUUGCGUUAUUUGGGAGCUUCUAGCCAAAUCACUUGUAGAUAUGGUCAAAGAGGGCCUAGUUGAAGAAUCUAAAGUCAGUUCAUUUAAUGUCCCACAAUAUACACCAUAUGAGGGUGAGGUUAGGGAUGUUAUUCAAAAAGAGGGCUCGUUUUCUCUUCACAGUGUGAAUGGUUUUGCGCUUAGUUGGCCCACACCAGGGAUAAACACUGCAAAAUUCAUAAGGGCUAUUAGCGAACCACUUAUAGCAACUCAUUUUGGAUCUUCCAUAAUGGACGUAUUAUUUAAAAAGUACCAAGAGCAUGUGGUUGAUCAUCUAGCUACCAAGAAAGGGAUGAAUUAUAAUCUAAUCAUUUCUUUGAUUAAAAAAUAAGUUGUUCAUGGGAGCAUAUCUAUAACAUCCCGAAAUUUUACUUUA